GGCGGGACCAGCAAUGCCACGUUGAUGGACACCAGUGGGGACGUGGAAGUUCAUCCUGCAGCUGGGACUGCCGUCUGGAAAGCUUAUAUCACAGCAAUCUAACGUAGCCAGGAUAAGGAGCUGUGACAAAACUUCAUCAACAUUACUGCUUCUCAGUAGUUUAUUGUUUUUUUUUUUAUUAUUUUGUUUUUUUUUGUGUGAAACAUAGCGCCGAAAGGGGAACGAUGAAGCUGAAGGAGAUCGACCGUACUGCCAUACAAGCGUGGAGCCCAGCACAGCAUCACCCCAUUUACCUGGCAGCUGGCACAUCUGCCCAACAGCUGGAUGCCACCUUCAGCACCACCGCCUCGCUCGAGAUCUUUGAGUUGGACCUGGCUGAGCUCACACUGGAGAUGAAGUCCUGCGGCAGGUUCUCCUCCCCACACAGGUACCACAAGCUGGUUUGGGGGCCCCAUGGCAUGGACUCCCAGGGCCUUCCGUCAGGGGUCCUCGUGGCGGGUGGGGAGAACGGUAACCUCAUCCUCUACGAUCCAGCCAAGAUCAUCGCCGGCGACAGCGAUGUGGUCAUCGCCCAGAACGACAAGCACACUGGGCCGGUACGGGCCCUGGACGUCAAUUCUUUCCAGACAAACCUGGUUGCCUCAGGAGGCAACGAGUCAGAAAUCUACAUCUGGGACCUGAACAGCUUCAGCUCACCUAUGACGCCAGGCCCGAAAUCUCAGCACCCAGAGGACGUCAGCUGCGUGGCAUGGAACCGGCAGGUGCAGCACAUCUUGGCCUCAGCCAGUCCAAGCGGUCGCGCGUCCGUCUGGGACCUCAGGAAAAACGACCUCAUCAUCAAAGUGAGCGACCACAGCAAUAGGAUGCACUGUUCUGGUCUUGCCUGGAACCCAGAAGUGGCCACCCAGCUGUCCCUGGCCUCUGAGGAUGACCGCAUGCCUGUCAUUCAGGUGUGGGACCUGCGCUUUGCCACCUCCCCGCUCAAGGUCCUGGAGAACCACACCAGGGGUGUCUUAGCUAUCGCCUGGAGCUUGGCAGAUCCAGAACUGCUGCUCAGCUGUGGGAAGGACAAUCGGAUCCUUUGCUGGAACCCCAACACUGCGGAGGUGUUGUACGAGCUGCCCACCAGCACGCAGUGGUGCUUCGACAUCCAGUGGUGCCCCAGGAACCCCGCCGUGCUGUCAGCUGCGGCCUUUGAUGGACACAUCAGCAUCCAUUCCAUCAUGGGGGGUAGUGGCGACUACCCCAGGCAGACACAAGUGGACCAGCUCAGUACCUCCUUCGGCGACCUGGACCCCUUUGGCACUGGACAGACCCUGUCCCCUCUGCAGCUGCCUCAGACCGCCACCCCAAAGGCCCCCGUGACUCCUCUGAAGAAGCCUCCCAAAUGGAUCCGUCGGCCUGUUGCUGCGUCAUUUGCUUUUGGUGGCAAACUGGUGACUGUGGAGAACAUGAAGGUGACCCCUCAGCAGCCCCAGCAGCACCCCCCGCAGGUCCACAUCAGCCAGGUCGUCACUGAAACGGCAUUCCUGGCCCGAUCCAACCAGCUGCAGGCAGCCAUGACCUCAGGGAAAUUCUUCGAGUUCUGCCAGUCCAAAAUCGAGGGGGCCCAGAAUGAGUUUGAAAGGACCGUGUGGCAUUUUCUAAAGGUCAACUUUGAGACCGAUACUCGUGGGAAAUACUUAGGCCUGUUGGGAUAUAACAAAGAGGAGCUGGCAUUUAAGAUCUCAGCAGCUCUCCAGAAGAAGGCCAAGUCCACUGAGCCUCUCUCUGCUCCUACUGCUGACUUUGACUCCCAUCCUGAACCUCAGCUGGGCCUUGAGCUUGUCCCAAAACCCAAUCCCGAGCUUGAUGUUAAACCUCCGGCUGAGCUUGAACUAAAUCCAGAGCCAGAAUGUGAGCUUGGCCUUCAAUCUGUGGUUGAACUUCCACCCGCACCCCAGACUGAACUGAAAAAUCAGCCUGAACAACUUGCCCUUUGGUCUGAAGAGGUCAACGCCAGUACAGAUGUCGGUCUUCCAGAGGAAGAGGUCGACCUAAAUGAGGUGGAGGAGGAUGAGGUUGUGGAAGAUGAUGGCCUUUUGGAGGAGAAACCCACAGCAGCUGACUCCAAAGCCAUCAAGCUCCGUGCCAGUGAAGACGUGGAUGGGCUGAUCACUCAGGCCCUGCUCACCGGCGACUUCGAAGGAGCCGUGGAACUCUGUCUCCAUGACAACCGCGUGGCCGACAGCAUCAUCCUGGCCAUCGCUGGUGGCGCCGAUCUGCUGGAGAGGACCCAGAAGAAGUACUUCAGCAAGUCACCCAGCAAGAUAACCAAGCUCAUCAGUGCCGUGGUGACGCGGGACUGGAAGGACGUCCUGCAAACAUGUGACCUGCAGAACUGGAAGGAGGCAAUGGCAGCCGUCAUGACCUACGCCAGCUUGGAGGAGUUCCCCACCCUCUGCGACCUGCUGGGCUCCCGACUAGAGGCUGGGGGGGACGCAGAGCUGCGCUCUCAGGCCUGUCUCUGCUACAUCUGCUCGGGCAGCGUGGAGAAGCUGGUGUCCUGCUGGAGCCGUGUGCGUGACAGUCACUCCCCACUGGCGCUGCAGGACCUGGUUGAGAAGGUGGUGAUACUGUGGAGCGCGGUGGAGCAGACCACCGGGAACAGCCCUGUUGUGGUGGGCACUCUCUGGGCAGAGAAGAUGAGCCAGUACGCCAACCUGCUGGCAUCCCAGGGCAGCCUGCUCACCGCUGCCACCUACCUGCCAGACAACACCGAACAGGCCACAGUGCAGCACCUCCGUGAGCGUCUCCGCAGGGCCCUGGGGGAGCAGCCGACUUCUGCCCCCGUCCACGGCGUCACCCAGACCAGACAGCCUCCCGCCCCGGACAGGACCCCGGCUCGGCCGCCGUUUGCCCCGGAGCGGCCCCCUCACGCCCCCCUGGCCACCCCCAUGCCGGGGAUCCCACCCUUGCCACAGUAUUACCAGCCGGUCAGGUCUGCCUCCACAGUCACUUCCUGGAGUGACCAAACCCCCACUGCUCUUCCCAGUUUUCCUCCUCCGCUAGGCCCCGCCUCCGCCCCUCAGGCAGAGCCCAAGCCCGCGGGGUUCAGCAUGCAGCCUGUGGCCUCCCCCCCAGCACCUGCGCCCCCUCCCUCUGGAUUCAUGUACUCGCAGCAGUAUCCUCAACCUUAUCCGGCAGCCCAGCCGUACUCGCCUGGCGUCGGGGGCCCCGGUAUCUACCAGCCCCUGCAGUACGGGGCUCCUGCUGCUCCCCCUCCCCCCCCCCGCAUCUCCUCACCAGUGGCCGCCUAUCCCACUCAAUACAUGCAUCCCACGCCAUCUCACCCUCCACCUCCAGCCUUUUCAACCCCCUACCUUGGUGCUUCUGGGGGGCCCAUGCCUCCUCUUCCUCCUUCCUCCACCUUUUCUCCUCCUCCUCUGUCGUCCGGAGCCACCUUCCAACUCACGGGGCCCGGGGUGCCGGCGCCCUUCUCACCACCUCCAGUCGGACCCACAGGUGAAGCUGGCAGCUCCGACCCAACCUGUUUUUUGGAAGGACCGCAGAAUGGUUGGAAUGACCCCCCCGCUUUGAGCCGUGUGCCAAAGAAGAAGAAAAUGCCAGAGCAUUACACUCCUCUGGCGCCCAUAAUGGCACCCAUAAUGGCACCCCUGGCGGACCCACAGUCCCCUUCCUCCCUGCAGCCACAGCCGAUGGCUACAGGGCAGCCCGGUGUCCAGGCCCCCUAUGCGGGAUUCCAACCGUCCCAGGCUCCUGCCCCUGGACACCUGGCCCAGCCCACCAUGAACGUGGAGGGUGCGCCAGGGGCCCCUACUGGGGACGUGACACAGUCAGUACAGGCCCUGCCCACGGAGAAGAUCACCAAGAAGCCCAUUCCUGAGGAGCACCUCAUCUUGAAGACCACUUUUGAAGGGCUCAUCCAGAAGUGCUUGGCUGCUGCCACUGACCCACAAACCAAGAGGAAACUGGAUGAUGCCAACAAGCGGCUCGAGUUCUUGUAUGACAAACUCCGGGAGCAGACGCUGUCCCCGGCGAUCGUGAGCGGGCUCCACAACAUGGCACGUAGCAUCGAGUCGCACUGCUACACAGACGGCCUGCACAUCCACACGCACAUCGUCAGCAGCAGCAACUUCAGCGAGACGUCCGCCUUCAUGCCCGUGCUCAAAGUGGUCCUAACACAGGCCAACAAAUUGGGGGUGUGACCCAAGGCCCCACCCCCUCAGAUACAUAACACUGAAACAUGAAAACAAGCCAUCGAUAUAAGUACGGUACCCGUGUAACAGUAGGACCAAAGGGUGUCCGUGUUGCUGUCUUACUAUUACAGGAAUAUAUUAAAAAUUUCAAGCAGUUUUUUAAAUUUAUAUUGUAUUUCUUUUUCUUUUUUGUCCUGAUUUGAGAGAUAAUUUCAGAGCAGAGUGCAAUGUAAUGUAAUGAAUGGAUAGAUAACAGUGGAUCCAAGGCAGGAGAUGCUCAAUUGUCACCAGAAUGGGUUUUUAAUUCAGGUUAACAGAGGGACCUGAUUUUAGUCAUUUCCAUGUUUCCCGAAUGACGUUUCAAUUGUUUUUAUAAUUAUGUUUUUCCCUGGUAUUGUCAACUUUCAUUAUGCUGCCUAUUCCGUUCACAGUAAAUAAACAUUUUUUUUUUUUUAUUUUGUCAAGCAGGAGAAAUUUUAAGACCAACACCUUACAAUAUUUUCAAUAAACAAUAUUUAUUUACAACGUG